AUGCCGGUUACGAUCGUGCCAGCCAGCCACAAUGAUAGUAACACACAAGUCACGAGAUCUCCUCAAUACAAGGGCCGGCUCUUGGAGAUAGACCUCACAAAAGAAAGUUGCGAGAAUAUGCUCCAGUCCACCUUCGAUGAGCUGAAGGACCCUCUCUCCCUGGCUUCUGCCAACGGCUUUGUUCACAGUGCCCUCAAAGCCCACAGCGAGCACUACCAUCUCGUUAUCAGCCCUGUCAACGUCUGGUUCGCCAUCCUAUCACAGCUGAAUAUUUGGAUCAAUGCAAAUGGCGCGGAAGCUCGGGGUAAGUUCUUCGUCGAUGUGGGCAAGAAGGGUUUGACCGUCACCAUUCAGGAUACCGGUGACGAAGGGAAGAAUGGUGAGAAUGUGGUGCGCGAGAUCGAGAAGAACAUGCCCGAUCCCGGAUUGAGGGAGUGGAUCUUGCCGGCUUUCACCGGGAAUUCAGCGUUCAACGCUGUCGUCGCUUCCGUACUCAUGAUGGGUGACAUGCAGAAGUACUUCAGCUACCCCGCCCGCAGCGAGUGUGGUGUUCCUUCGGUCGUUCUACUUGGAGAACAGUCUGACUGGGUGGAACUGUACAAGAAGCUGGACAAGCUUGAGACAUUUGGUGUAGAGCCCGCUCAAUUCAGAUGCCUACUGGUGCCAGUCAUUGCGCGCUUCAUCAAGAGCUUCGACGACCCAACAAGCAAAGACGUUGUUGACUUCUGGGGUCACAUGGUCAGUGCCGAAUCCCGGAUUGUCGAUGGUGGCGUAUCCGUGGAAUACGAGGGUUGGAUAUCUGCCUUUUGCUUCUGGAGUGAGCAGGGAGAAAACAUCAAUGAUCGACAUAUCCAAUUCCGUGGAGGACGAGGCUUCACACUUGACGGUGUCAUCUACCACGCCAUCGACUGUGGCCAAAUCCCACCAGUCUACGCAUCAUUUCCCGUGAAGAUCAACGACGAUAGAAAUGAAAUUAAUUCCCUCAUGGUCGUUUGGUCUGUGGCCACGCCAUGUAUAAUUAGCGAUGGAACAAAGGUUGAGAGUGAUGUGAACUCGAAAUGCGUAGGCAUCGCUUCAGUUUGGGGGUUGUUCAACAAAAGAUCCCGUGUGAAGGAGACCGCAGAGGCGAGUGAGGCCGUUCGAGAAAAUUUGGCUCAAGAAACCGAACCUAAGAAGUCGGAAGACGGUCUCAGCACCACCACCACCUGCGUGAACAAACCAGGUCUCAUCAGCCGCCUCAUCAACCUUUUCUUACGAACAGGUAUCUCGAAACAGCGUGAACAUAGCAUGGCAAAAGGUGAAUAG